AGCAGGGUGAGGAAGGGUCGCCGAGGGAGUGCGUUCACCUAGCCGGGGCUGUUUGCCGUGAGGGAAAGGCGGGCCGAGCGGUCGGGCCUGCACUGCGCUUCCCAGGAGGCUGUGCGCAGCGGCGGGUCACGUGACGGGAGCGCGGGCUUUGGAAGGCGGCGGAGCUAGAGGGACCCGCGGGCGAGCGGAGGCGAGAGCGGGACGGAGGACUGUCCUGGGCGACACCGCGCCAGCCGCCAGCUGCUAGCUGCCGAGCCCUCGCGCCCCCAAGACCAGCUGUCCCUCCUGCUAUGGGCAUUCAAGGCCUGGCCAAACUGAUCGCUGAUGUGGCCCCCAGUGCCAUUCGGGAGAAUGACAUCAAGAGCUACUUUGGCCGCAAGGUGGCCAUCGAUGCCUCCAUGAGCAUCUAUCAGUUCCUGAUUGCUGUUCGCCAGGGUGGGGACGUGCUGCAGAAUGAGGAGGGUGAGACCACCAGCCACCUGAUGGGCAUGUUCUACCGCACCAUCCGCAUGAUAGAGAAUGGCAUCAAGCCCGUGUAUGUCUUUGACGGCAAGCCGCCGCAGCUCAAGUCGGGUGAGCUGGCCAAGCGCAGUGAGCGGCGGGCUGAGGCGGAGAAGCAGCUGCAUCAGGCCCAGGCCGCCGGGGCCGAGGAGGAAGUGGAGAAGUUCACUAAGCGGCUGGUGAAGGUCACCAAGCAGCACAACGAUGAGUGCAAGCACCUCCUGAGCCUCAUGGGCAUCCCGUACCUCGAUGCGCCCAGUGAGGCAGAGGCCAGCUGCGCAGCCCUGGUGAAGGCUGGCAAAGUCUACGCUGCGGCCACGGAGGACAUGGAUUGUCUGACCUUCGGCAGCCCUGUGCUCAUGCGGCACCUGACUGCCAGCGAGGCCAAGAAGCUGCCCAUCCAGGAGUUUCACCUGAGCCGGAUUCUGCAGGAGCUGGGCCUGAACCAGGAGCAGUUUGUGGACCUGUGCAUCCUGCUGGGCAGCGACUACUGUGAGAGCAUUCGGGGCAUUGGGCCCAAGCGGGCCGUGGACCUCAUCCAGAAGCACAAGAGCAUCGAGGAGAUUGUGCGUCGACUUGACCCCAACAAGUACCCUGUGCCAGAGAACUGGCUCCACAAGGAGGCCCAGCAGCUGUUCCUGGCGCCGGAGGUGCUGGACCCAGAGUCUGUGGAACUGAAGUGGAGUGAGCCGAAGGAAGAGGAGCUCGUCAAGUUCAUGUGUGGCGAAAAGCAGUUCUCCGAGGAGCGAAUCCGCAGCGGGGUCAAGCGGCUGAACAAGAGUCGCCAAGGCAGCACCCAGGGCCGCCUGGAAGACUUCUUCAAGGUCACCGGCUCGCUCUCUUCAGCCAAGCGCAAGGAGCCAGAACCCAAGGGAUCCGCUAAGAAGAAGGCAAAGACUGGGGCAGCAGGGAAGUUUAAAAGGGGGAAAUAAAUGCGUUUCCCUUCAUUAUACCUCCUUGACCCUGGAAUACCUGCUUUGUACCCUCAAGAGCUAGUGCUAGAGAAACCUGCUUGGGGCAGGGAGGGGAUUGCAUUGCUUCUCCAGGACUGCCCUUCUCGGUAGUGCUUGUCCCUUUUUACUUGAUCUUAUGGCAGGAAGGCCACAGAGUACUCUGUUUUCUUCUAUUGUAGCUCAGGAAAAUAUGCCAGGCUCACACCACCCUUCAGUCAACUUAAUGAACUCUGAACCCACUGUUACAUAAAAGUCAUAGCAACAAGUGUUGAGGGAGGGAGAGGAAGAUACAUGGUGGAGACGAAGGACCGAAUGGAGAUGAUGUCCUCGCUGGCCAGCUGUUAGCCAGUGAUGGUGGAGCCAGUCUGCACUUUUCUCUCUGGUUCGGCCUGGACCCACCCUGAAGGAGAGCCAGCAGGGAGAUUCAGUCUAAACAGAUAGGAAGGGCUACUGAGAAAUGACAGGCGGUGAGCUAGAGUCCCUGGAAUUCGAAAUGUGGGUUUCAUUACUGGCUGUGUAUCUCGGCUGGGCAGAAACUUGAACUUGCAUUGUAACUUGAAUCUUUAGUUAGUUAUUCAGAGGCAUAAGGUGGCUUAGUUCUCAUGGCCUCUCUGAGGCAGUCAGCUGAGUUGAAGCUUUGGGAUAAGAUGCUAUUGUCAUGUGCUAUUUUUGUUUUAAAUGUAUGAAAAAAGAAGUCAAUAAAAGUAGGCAGAA